AAUUGUGAUUCAUUAAGCAAAAAAUGCUUGUUUCCACAUAAAAUUUGGCUUCUUACCUCAAUGUGUCAUUUUCUCACUACAAACUAACAUCUCACUGAAGUGAUUUGACAAAAUAAUUAAAUGAAGCUGAGCGUACGGACGUACAUGCAACUGGUAUCGUUAACUUGUGAUUAAUGCUGGUAUAUUUUCAAGUUAAAACACGUAAUGACACAUGAUUAAUGCCGGUAUAUUUUCAAGUUACAACAUGGUGCCUCACGAUAGACUUACUUGAGUAAUUGAAUGACGUCCUUUUCGCUUGUGGGCCUCAAAUUGUCAUUACAUAGCACGAUGUCGUUUCACUUGUUCCUUGAAUUUAUUUCCGGGCGGUUUGGCCCUCCCUAUUCUGCCGCCGGAAUUCUUAUCCCCUUUGUACAGUCACCCAUUUCACUCCACCACCUUCCCCCUCCGAUGAAAUUGUUGGAGAAGAUAAUGAUGCGGAAGAAGGAGCCAGAUAAAGCUCCAGCCCCUCCUGAGGUUCCGGCGUACUGGAUCGAAACCUCCGAGUCGGUCUCCUACCGCUGCGAGUUUGACCCCAGCGGUCAACUCUCUGUGAAGAUUCUUGAUGACUCGAGACCAGUGUUCCUUAAGGUCGCUGACUCGUUCGUCAAUAAAUUUUUCCCCUCGGGAUAUCCAUAUAGUGUAAAUGAAGGAUAUCUCAGAUACACCCAAUUCCGGGCACUGCAGCACUUAACCAGUGCAGCCCUGUCAGUGCUUUCAACUCAGUCACUCCUAUUUGCUGCAGGCUUGCGACCAACCCCUGCACAAGCAACUGUUGUAAGUUGGGUUCUAAAGGAUGGGAUGCAGCACAUGGGAAAGCUUAUAUGUAGUAAUCUGGGCGCAAGAAUGGAUUCCGAGCCUAAAUGUUGGAGAAUUUUGGCUGAUGUGCUCUAUGACUUUGGCACUGGCUUGGAAGUUCUUUCUCCUUUGUGUCCACAGCUUUUUCUUCAAGUUGCAGGUUUUGGCAAUUUUGCAAAGGGGAUGGCAGUUGUUGCAGCGAGAGCAACAAGAUUACCAAUUUAUUCAGCCUUUGCAAAAGAGGGCAAUCUUAGUGAUCUGUUUGCCAAAGGGGAGGCAAUCUCAACUGUGUUCAAUGUCAUUGGAAUGGGAGCAGGGAUCCAAUUAGCAUCUACUGUCUGUUCGUCUAUGCAAGGAAAGAUGGUUGUUGGGCCUCUUCUUUCAAUGGUACAUGUAUACUGUGUCAUUGAAGAAAUGCGGGCAACUCCUAUCAACACGUUGAAUCCACAGAGGACUGCAAUGAUUGUGGCUGAUUUUCUGAAGACGGGAAAAGUAUCAAGCCCUGCUGACCUGAGGUAUCGGGAAGACCUCCUAUUCCCUGGGCGACUCAUAAAGGAUGCCGGAAAUGUGAGAGUGGGAAGGUCAUUCCACGAGGUCAUUAAGCCUUCAAAACUUGGUGAAUUGAAAGGAAUGUUCCCUGAAGAGAAGUUUCUUUUAAGUCGUGGAAACAAAGGGGUUGACAUGUUAUUGGAGCAAAAUGCUACCGGCGAAGACGCAUUGAGGGGGUGGCUUGUUGCUGGAUACACUGCGGAUAUAGAGAAGUCUUUUCGUGUGCCGAGUCCGAGCGCACUGGAAGAGGCUUACGAGAAGAUGAAUGACGUAUUUGGUCCAUUUGUAUUGGAACUGCAGGCCAAGGGGUGGCAUACCGAUCGAUUUCUCGAUGGAACAGGAAGCCGUUUUGCGUGGGGGUCGAAUCUAGGUACUGAUAAUUAUUCUCAAAGAUAUUGAAGUUCUUUGGUACGGAUAGGAUCGGACAAACAGGGACUUUGUGAUACAAAAAGUUUAUAGAAGUAGGGAAAUACUGUUACUUGGGAAUUGUACUCACACACCAUAACCUUUAGGGGCGUUUACUAAUUCAUAAUCAGAUUAAGGGUAAUUGAAUUAAGGAGGAAUUGAAUUGAGGUUAAUUGGAUUAAGCUGGAAUCAGAAUCAGAUUCAUGUUGAAGUUGUUUACUAAAAUAUCUGGAAUCGGAAUAAAAUUAGUGUCAAUUCCA